UUGUUUUUUUUAAACAAAUCUAUCCAACACAUUUUAGCCAAACCAAAACACAAGAAAAAUUCAAAAAGAAAAUAUUGAUAUCCAAGAAAAUGAAGAAAACUAAUUACAACAAGCCUUCAUAUAUCAUGUUGACUACUGCUAUGGUUGCUAUACUAAUAACAACUUCAAGUACAAGUUUUGUGCAUGGAUUUAACGUGAUUGAUAAAUGCUGGAGAAGAGAUCCAAACUGGAGGAGUCACAGGCAACAAUUAGCUAAAUGCUCGGUUGGUUAUUCUGGGAAGAUGACUAAUAAUAUUGGAGUUGGAGACGAGUUGAUCAAAUACAAGGUUACUGAUACAAGUGACGAUCCCUUAAACCCUAAACCCGGAACUCUAAGAUAUGCAAUGACGCAUAUUCAGGGAAAGAUUUGGGUAACUUUCGAAAGGAACAUGAAUAUUAGGCUCCAAAAACCCCUUUUAGUCAGCAGCUUCACCACCAUUGAUGGCCGUGGAGUUGAGGUUCAUAUUGCUGAUGGCGCCUGUCUCAUGCUUCAAAGGGUGACAAAUGUGAUCAUUCAUGGUAUAAAAAUCCACAAUUGCAAGGCACAAACUGCCUCAACAGUCUUGGGACCUGAUAAAAAAAUUGUAAAUGUGGGUCCAGUUGAUGGAGAUGCAAUUCGAAUGUUGACUUCUUACAAGAUUUGGAUUGAUCAUAACACCCUCUAUGAUUGUGAAGAUGGUCUUAUUGAUGUCACUCGUGGUUCAACAAAUAUUACUAUAUCCAACAAUUGGUUUAGGACGCAAAAUAAGGUUAUGUUGCUAGGUCAUGAUGAUGGAUUCCUUAGAGACAAAAAUAUGAAGGUUACUGUUGCAUUCAACUAUUUUGGUCCUAAUUGCAACCAGAGAAUGCCAAG